GGCGCUCCCCCGCCCCCUCCUCUCUGUCCGCCGCCGUCCCGGCGUGCCCCGCGCUCGGCACUGCCCGCGGCCGCUCUGGCCGCGCCCCUCCCCUGCCCACCCCGCGCGGGAAGAUGGCGGCGGAGGCGGCGGACUCGUGGGACGCCGACAGCUUCGAGGUGGUGGAGCCGGUGGCGAAGCGGCUGGUGCCGGGAGUGGCCGGGGACCGCUGGGCCGGCGAGGAUGAGGAGGACGACGUGAAGGAUAACUGGGAUGAUGAGGAGGAAGAGGAAGAAGUAAAGGAGGCGGAGGUAAAACAAGAGCCAAAAGUUUCAGACAAAAAGAAAAUAGCAGAAAAAAUAAAAGAAAAAGAGAAGCUACAGAAGAAAAAGCAAGAGGAGCUUAAAAAAAGGUUAGAGGUGCCGGAGGAACAGAAAGAACUCACACCAGAAGAACAGUUAGCAGACAAACUACGGCUAAAGAAAUUGCAAGAGGAGUCGGACCUCGAGUUAGCAAAAGAAACAUUUGGUGUAAAUAACACUUGUGGAAUAGAUGCCAUGAAUCCCUCUUCCAAAGAAGACUUCACGGAAUUUGGCAAACUACUAAAAGAGAAAAUCACACAGUAUGAAAAAUCCUUACAUUACGCCGGGUUUUUGGAAGCGUUAGUUCGAGACGUAUGUAUUUCAUUGGAAGUUGAUGAUUUGAAAAAGAUCACAAACGCUCUGACAGUCCUAUGCAGCGAAAAGCAAAAACAGGAAAAGCAGAAUAAAGCCAAAAAGAAGAAAAAAGGCGUUGUGCCUGGUGGAGGUUUGAAGGCGACCAUGAAAGAUGACCUGGCUGAUUAUGGAGGCUACGAUGGUGAAUAUGUACAAGACUUUGAAGACUUCAUGUGACAUUUAUCUCCCUUUCUGUUGUCUUUCUGUUGCCCGUAAUCCCUUAAACAUGUAGCACAACUUCCGUUCCUUUAAAUUCUGCCAAAUGCUACAAUCAGAACUGCAGUGUCGCUGCGCUGGUGGCUUCGCUCCGUGCGGGCCCCUGCUAAAGCACCGGCUUCCUGGGCUGGGGUUGGAAUGAAGACAUUUACAAGCUCUAUAAAUUGCGGUUAAAACCCCCAAAUUCUGGUAAUCGCCACUGUUAUUAUUUGGUUUUAUAGUAACAGCCAUGAAAUUGGAGAUGAAUUUCAACAGGGCCAAGUAUUAGAGCCAGCACAGCUCAGUGACACGGCCUUAACUGUCCCCGGGGGCUCUGAACAGCAGCAGUUUGCAGCAAGGGCAUUGUGUGCGCAGUGUUAUGAUCGCUUCGUCUUGCGUUAGUGCUUGGGGUGUUGAGGUUACGGGGAGGGGGAGAGGCACCAGGGAUGCCUCGGUCCACGCCGAGCACGGGGUCUGGGCAGGGAGGGAGUUGCUGCUUUGGGAAAACGGCUACGGGCUUGAGGAUGAAGUUUAGUUUCCAUUCACCUGAAUUUUACUAAUGCAGCUGUAUGGGUUGGGUGUUCUUUAACAGUUAAUUGCCUGGUUUAAGUGUAGAAUGCGAAGGCUCCUUUGGUCUCUCCUGGGUUGUGGUGGAUCUUUCACGACUCGGCCAUUUUCUUUCAUUUGAAAAACAAACUUGCUUAGCAAACUGCAGCAGUUCCUACAGUUGGGCGAAUCAUUACCUUAACAAUUACAACAUCCGCAAUGUUUUAUAAAGCAACUAAUUUAAUAAAAAUCACUAUUGAGGACUUCA